AAGUCCUGCUUGGGAAACAUCUUACGUCACCUGCUUAGACACUCAACAAGCACCUGGGUCCACGAUGAAGCCACCCAUAGAACUUUAACAGGGCUGCUUUUCCUCUCAGGGGGCUCACUUCUGUCACCAACCUUCAUCCUCAUCAUCAUCUGUGUCAGUCAUGGUGACCUUAAGUGCAAACAGCACAGCGCCUUGGACUAUGGGCAACACUUCGCUCCCCACACUAACAGUAUCCAGUUUCAGCAACCGAAGUGGCAUGGAAGCCUACCUUCAAAAGCUAGCUCAUUUGGACGAAGGACUUUACAAUGACUUCUAUGGACUUUGGAUAGCACUGAUGGUCAUCAACUCCCUCAUAUUCCUGGCGGGCAUGGCGCUGAACACGUUGGCUCUUUAUGUGUUCUGUUUCCGCACCAAGCCAAAGAGCACGUCUGUGAUCUACACCAUCAAUCUGGCCGUAACUGACCUGCUGGUCAGUCUCUCUCUGCCUACACGCAUCCUGCUGUACUACAGUGGAGGUGCUUGCCUCACCUGCUCCUACUUGCACAUCUUCAGCUACUUUGUCAACAUGUACUGCAGCAUCCUCUUCCUCACCUGCAUAUGUGUGGACCGUUACCUCGCCAUCGUUCAGGUCGAAGCAUCCCGUCGGUGGCGCAACUCCGGUGUGGCGAAAUGUGUGUGUGUCUCGGUGUGGCUGUUUGCCAUCGUAGUCACCUACUCCUUCCUGUCCACCGCCUUUCAGCAUACAGGCUGCUGCCUCUCCAAGCUCCUCUUCCUCACCAUUACAGAGUUCUUUCUACCCCUCAUCAUCAUCGUGGCGUUCACCCUGCGGAUCGUGUGGGCGCUGGCGGACCGCCACCUGAUGCAGCAGAGUAGAAAAAGACGAAGGAGGGCCGUCCAGCUGCUGACGACAGUGCUGAUCAUCUUCACAGUGUGCUUCACACCAUUCCACAUACGACAGGUGGUGGUGUACUUCUACCCUGAUAUGCCUAACCAUGCCAUCGUCUACCAUUUGACUGUCACGCUCAGCAGUCUGAACAGCUGCAUGGAUCCAGUGGUCUACUGCUUUGUCACAAGCAAUUUCCAGGCAACUAUGAGAAAUAUUUUCCGGCGUGCAGAGGCAGAGCAAAGCAGCGGUGACAUCAUCAGCAUGCAUCACAGCUCCAUGGCCUCAGGGGGGCCUGCUGCUGCGGUCCCAAAUAUCAUCAUGAUGAGCGUGAUUUCCUCCUCACCACUGAAAGACUCUGAGAGAAGGAUUCAUACUCUGUAA